AUGCAGAGCUGGCGAGGUGGGUGGAAUGCAGAGCAGGCGAGGUGGAAUGCAGAGCUGGCGAGGUGGAAUGCAGAGCAGGCGAGGGGGAAUGCAGAGCUGGCGAGGUGGAAUGCAGAGCAGGCGAGGUGGAAUGCAGAGCAGGCGAGGUGGAAUGCAGAGCAGGCGAGGUGGAAUGCAGAGCAGGCGAGGGGGAAUGCAGAGCAGGAGAGGUGGAAUGCAGAGCAGGCGAGGUGGAAUGCAGAGCAGGCGAGGUGGAAUGCAGAGCUGGCGAGGGGGAAUGCAGAGCUGGCGAGGUGGAAUGCAGAGCAGGCGAGGUGGAAUGCAGAGCAGGCGAGGUGGAAUGCAGAGCAGGCGAGGUGGAAUGCAGAGCUGGCGAGGUGGAAUGCAGAGCAGGCGAGGUGGAAUGCAGAGCAGGCGAGGUGGAAUGCAGAGCAGGCGAGGUGGAAUGCAGAGCAGGCGAGGUGGAAUGCAGAGCAGGCGAGGUGGAAUGCAGAGCAGGCGAGGUGGAAUGCAGAGCAGGCGAGGUGGAAUGCAGAGCAGGCGAGGGGGAAUGCAGAGCAGGCGAGGUGGAAUGCAGAGCAGGCGAGGUGGAAUGCAGAGCAGGCGAGGUGGAAUGCAGAGCUGGCGAGGUGGAAUGCAGAGCUGGCGAGGUGGAAUGCAGAGCAGGCGAGGUGGAAUGCAGAGCAGGCGAGGUGGAAUGCAGAGCAGGCGAGGUGGAAUGCAGAGCAGGCGAGGUGGAAUGCAGAGCAGGCGAGGUGGAAUGCAGAGCAGGCGAGGUGGAAUGCAGAGCUGGCGAGGGGGAAUGCAGAGCUGGCGAGGUGGAAUGCAGAGCAGGCGAGGUGGAAUGCAGAGCAGGCGAGGUGGAAUGCAGAGCAGGCGAGGUGGAAUGCAGAGCUGGCGAGGGGGAAUGCAGAGCUGGCGAGGUGGAAUGCAGAGCAGGCGAGGUGGAAUGCAGAGCAGGCGAGGUGGAAUGCAGAGCUGGCGAGGGGGAAUGCAGAGCAGGCGAGGUGGAAUGCAGAGCAGGCGAGGUGGAAUGCAGAGCAGGCGAGGGGGAAUGCAGAGCAGGCGAGGUGGAAUGCAGAGCAGGCGAGGUGGAAUGCAGAGCAGGCGAGGUGGAAUGCAGAGCUGGCGAGGUGGAAUGCAGAGCAGGCGAGGUGGAAUGCAGAGCAGGCGAGGUGGAAUGCAGAGCAGGCGAGGUGGAAUGCAGAGCUGGCGAGGUGGAAUGCAGAGCUGGCGAGGUGGAAUGCAGAGCAGGCGAGGUGGAAUGCAGAGCAGGCGAGGUGGAAUGCAGAGCAGGCGAGGUGGAAUGCAGAGCAGGCGAGGUGGUAUGCAGAGCAGGCGAGGUGGAAUGCAGAGCAGGCGAGGUGGAAUGCAGAGCAGGCGAGGUGGAAUGCAGAGCAGGCGAGGUGGAAUGCAGAGCAGGCGAGGUGGAAUGCAGAGCAGGCGAGGUGGAAUGCAGAGCAGGCGAGGUGGAAUGCAAAGCUGGCGAGGUAA